GGUUAUCUGGCCGCAAACAGCGAGAGCGUCUGGGCCGAGGAAUCUCUUUUCCUCUGGCUGCGAGACUUUCGGUGUCUGCAGCCGUGCGAGGCGCUGAUAAGCGGGGCGCUCAGGAGACAGGCGCCCUCUCGGCGCAACCUCGGGGAGACACACGCUACUACUGCAGCCCAGGUUACGAAGCGCCUCGGCCGGGAAAGGCAGCUUCCCCGCAAGGCGUGCCUACGCGGCCUGGCGCCCUCUCUCCACCAGAGGGACUGAGCCGGCGGCGCUUAGUAACCUGAGCCCUCCUCUUCCUUGGGAGAAGUUUCAUGCUGGCGCUGGAGAGGCUCGAGGAGGAGCUGCCACUCCUGUUGCUGCCGCGAGAGCGAGGCGCGGAGAAAGGUGGGUGCCCGGGAAUUGGCUACCGCUCGACAUUUUCCUGACAAACCAUCCCGCCAAGGACACCCCACUGAGGUAGAUUCGGCGCAGCUACGCCUGGUGUGUCUGUAAAUUGCGUGUUCGCGCGCUCUCUCCCCCGUUGCCACUCAGUGCGCAGGGCAAAAUAGGACGACGGAGGGGAGUUUCAGCGCCGGGUGAGCAUCCCGGGUGAAGCAGCUCCGAGAGGCGCGGGAAGGGAAAACGGGGCGCCCCCGGGAGGGGGGAUGCGAAGCGGAGAGGAGACGAGGCAGCCCUUCCUGCGCCUCCGCGGGAAAGGCGCGCGCUAGCGGGGAGCAGAUGGCGCCUGCUCUCGCCUCGCCAAGGAUGGGGCCGCCUGUGCCCAGGCAGGAUCAAAACGUUUCGCCCCUGUCAGGUUGAAGCCUGACCCCUCUUUCCACCCCCCACCCUCGCCGCCCAGUCCUUCCCGGGCUGGGGAGAUGACCCCAUCCCAGAACAGGGGCGGGCGGAGCGGGCAGCGGGCAUUGCGCGGCCGGCCUCACUGCCUGGCUGUGCUCACUGCGGGAGCUGCAGGGCGCAGCGGGAGUGCGGCAGCAGCAGCAGCUGCUGGCUCCGGCGGCUCCUCCCUCUUCUGCUUUCUCCUCCGGCCAGCCGGCGACUGACUCCUGUCCGCUCUGGCUGGGGGAAAGAAGGCUCCUUGCCUGCCGCCCGCGCCGGCGAGCCUCGGCGAGCGUCUGCCAUGACUUUCCCCGGGGCGCUAGGUAAGUGGCGGCUUCUUUCCAAGCAGGAAGUGAACGGGGCGGGCAUGCAAGAGCUGACCUUGCCGGGUAGCAGCGGGUUGCAGCCGCCGCCAGAGCCGGAAGAAGCUGGGCUGGCACCUGCAGCAGACCUGCUCGGCCGGGGAGAGCAGCCUGUAUCCUUGGCUCCCAUCACUAGGAGGAAGACCCGUCGCCUUCCCUCCCAGCUCCAUCGGCUCCACGUCCUCCCUACUUUCUUUGCCACAGCAGAAUAAGACUCAUUUUCAUGGCAUGCGCUCAUGAAAUAUUCAGGAUCCCCCAUAGCUGGGUUCCUGAAUCAAUCUUCUGAAAGAGGAAGAACGAUAACAGUUCCUGAAGAGGUUGAUUGAGGACAAGUUAUUUACCUAUCCUGGCCCCCCCUCCAAAAAAUAUCCCGAACAGAAACGAACUAAUACUUUAUUCUUAUUUUAGAAAAAACCAUUCUGGAAUGCACUGACUCAUUUAGUUCCCACAGUUUCCAGUUGUAGCUUUGGCCUUAUUCAUCUUGUUGCUCUGCUUCUCCCCUCCCAAAACAGAGCAAGCCAUUUUUGGAUUUGGAAAUCAUAGUAAGUUUCUGGAUUUUGCUAGUUUGGUAAGAGCACAUAAACUGAUGUGCAGGGACAUCACCUAGCCUAGUUCGCUCCUUGAUUCUUCAGUACUGCAGAGCGCUAGCCUUGCAUGUUUAAUUUAUUGUAUAUCGCCUAGAGAAUUUAUAUGGCGAGGCAACUAAUAAAUGUCAAAAAUAAAUAAGUGUUCACUGAAUUCAAAUAAUAAAUUAAUAAAUGUAUUUAUUACUUGCCCUUCAUACUAAGAUGCCAGGGCAGGUCACUACAAUUUAAAAUGCAACCUUCCAAACAGUUUGAAAUAAAUUACAAUUACAAGAAUAGGGUGGGUCUUUAAAAAGUACAUUGCAAGUGUCAAAGGCCAGGGUUGAGAGACUGCAUGGUGAAGGUGUCAGACACUCCUCUGGGGAUAGAGUUCCACAGUUAAUGGGAUGGCUCAGAGAACACCCUCACCUGGAUCACACACACCACCUCUCUAAGGGUGCUGGAAGUACCAAGAGGGAACUCUGCUGAUCUUAAUACCCAAGAGGUUAUGUAGGGAAGGAUGUGGUCUUUCAGUUAUUUGGGGUCUAAGUCUUUAGGGCUUUAAACAUUUCAUGAGCAUCUGUGCCCAGAAACAAACUGGCAACCAACUCAGCUGUUUUAGAACAGGGAUUUAGAUGAGAUACUAAUGGAACCCAAGGCUGUAAUCCAGCUGCUGCAUUUUAGAACAUUUGAAGUUUCUGAGUCAUCUUGAAGGGCAGCCCCACACUGAGCGCACCACCAUAGUGCAGCCUGGAAGUUACCAGAGCAUGGAGUACAGUAGCCAAAUAAUUUUUGUCCAGAAAGAGCCAUAGCUGCCAAACUGUAGCUGUAGCUGAAAAAAAUGUACUCCUAGUCACACCUUCCAGAAGUGUGCAAGCCCAUCCAGAACAGUCAGUCCACGUCCACCCCCCGCAUCCUGGACUUGAGAACUCAGGACAUGAAACACAUCUGUCUUUUCAGGAUUCAAGUUUAGUUAAUUGGUCCACAUCCAGCCCACUGCUGCCCACAAGAACUGGUCUUAACACCUUAACUGCCUCUCCCAAGUCUGAUGGAACAGAGAGAGUGAGAGCUGGGUCUUGUCUGCAUAAUGAUGAUACCUCACUCCAGAUAUCCUGAUAGUAUAUCCCAGGUGCUUUGUAUAGGUAUUAAAUAGCAGGAGGACAAGAUGGAACCCCUCCCAGGUCUCACAACUCUGUCUGAAUCUGUGCAAUUCUGCCCCUCUAGUGUCUCAGUGUUGUUACAGCAGACCUCCAAAUGUGUCGGAAUGCUAGUCUCUUGGCCAGAUAACAAAAGCCCAUUCACCGCUUGGAAAAGCUCAGCUACAUAGCUACUUGUUGAUGCACUGGUGGUAGAGAAGUAAAGUGUUUUUUUGCCACUGCUAUGAGGAAACUAGUGUUUGUUCAGGGUUGGGUUAGGAUUUGCAUCACUUGCACUCUUACCUACCAACACUGCUUCAUUUCAUGCUGGUUACUAGAAUACCAAGGCAACCUAAGUGCUCCACAGAAAUGGUGAGGGCACCCAGGAAUGGUUGUGUCAAUCGCUCUAUGCAUUUCACCAUUCCAUAGUGAGAUGAGAGCCUCAUUAGGAGUACCAGCCAUGUCAGCUGGAAAAUCCCCCGAAGCAUUCAGGUUUCCAUAAAUCUCCAAGGGUGGGGAAUCUCACAUCUUGCAGAAUGGAGUAGCUGUGUUCAGCUUUAGCAAUAGUAAGAGGACAUGGGUUUCUUUAUCCCUACUUUCUUGCUUAAAGGAAUGCAGAUUGAGACCUUGGAUGUAUAGUGGCAAAAGAAAUAUUUAUUUUAGUCUACAGCAGGGGUGGGGAAUCUGUGGUCCUCCAGAUGUUGGAUUCCAGCUCCCAUCAGACCCAGCCAGAUGGGCUAAUGGUCAGGGAUGAUGGGUGUUGUCCCACAGGUUGCCCAUUUUGAAAAGACUUCCUGGGACACUCAAGACCUUUGGUCUGAGCAAUAAAAGACACCACCUGUGUUACAAGACUUGAUUGUUCUUGGUGGAUAGUUAUAGACCUGGACUUAGACCUUGUACAAUAUGUUGGUUACAAUAGACUUAGCAGAAAAGCCAGUUAGAAACCUUGUUGCAGAGACCAAAAAAGGGGGAGGAAGGGAAGGGAAACAUCCUGUGCAGUACAAAGAAAUGGGAAUGUUGAAAUACUUUGGCACCUUAUUUAUUAGCAAUCACUAGAAUAUAUCAACAUGUAAUGUUUGAAAUUGUUCUUAGACUGAAAAUAAAUCAUUUCCCAAGCAGCCAUCACAGCUAGUAGCUAUUAAUAGAAGAUUGUUUCCCAUUUAAUAACAAGCUCAGAUGCCAACAGUUGGAAAGUGGAGUCAUGCAUGUAGGAAUAGCAUCACAUAAAGACUGUUCCAAGUUACACAACUUUUGGGAAUGAUUUUGUUUUCAGGAUAAAUGUUUUCUUCCUCGUAAUCAAAGCAACGCUGAUUGUCUGGGUAAGGCUCCUAAUAAUGCUAAGCCCUUUAAAACCCUUUGAUUUCAACAGGAGAUAUUUCAACACAUGCUUUAACACUUUCACUGAAAUUAAUAGGACUUUAAAGUGGUUAGAGUUCAGCCAUGCCUUUGGCUUUGAAACCUGGGAUAAAUUUAGAAUUCAAUGCCCAGACCUCCAUUUCCACACAGGGUUUUUAAAAAUAGUUUAUUGGUUCGUGAACAUUUUUAGUAGGUGUUAAUAGAAACGUUGGCUUCAUGUAGUAACUGACAAGUACAAGGAGUUUCAGAUGCAUUUAAAAAAUUGAAGCUAAAUAUUGCAAGGUUAUAUUCCAGAGUAAAUAUUAUAUAGCUUAUUUAAGAAGAAUGGUUGAUAAAAAAUGAACUUUAAAAAGGAAUGUUAAGGAGUUUUCUUUGUUACUUAAAUUAAAGCUAUUCAUGAAUGAAGGUUGUUUUGGUUUAUAUAGAGAAUGCAGUAAAUAUCUUAUGGGGGAGGGAAAGCUUUUUAAAAUUACUAUUAAUGCUGAUCUUUCUCUUUCCCCACAUAGAGUUUAAAGACAGAAUAUAAUCUUAGAGAUUCAGUUUAAACACUCUUCCUCUUAUAAACACAAAUUAUUCCAUUGCAAAAUUGCUUGAUAUUUAUGAUAGAAAAAUGGUAUGAAUUAGAAUGAUGAAUAUUUGCUAUCAUUUGAAACCUUCAACCGUUUGGCUGUGAAAGAAUGCUAGGAGGGCACCUGAAAUAAUAAACAAACAAUUUAUUAUUUAUAUUUUGCUCUUUUACAGUCACAACCAGAGUGGCUAGCUGCGUAUAUAAAAUUCAACCAUAAAAUGCAACUAAGUUGGUUUUCCUUAAAUCAAACGCAGAUUUUAAAACACAAGAUACAAUUCAGACUGAAACUCAGGCAGUAACAAAAUUAAAUAUGACUUCAAAAGAUUAAAGACCUGGAGUGAAAGAGAUGUUUUCAAAUUCUGUUAAAUGAUGUCUGUACUGGGGGGCUGAUGCAGCUCAGUUGGAAUAAUGUUCCAGAGCUGUAUUGGCACCAUUUAAAUGGUACUGUUUCUCAUGCUGUCUCAUGAUGACACGGAAGUGGUACCUCCGAAGCUGAUGCCAAGGGCCCGGUAGCUCAUAAAUGGAAUUCAGUGGUCCUUAAUACAAUCUUAAGACAAUCUGGUUGUAGACCAGGGUGGCGCUAUUUUUAAUACCACGUGGAUCACAAGACUACUUUGACACAGAACCCAUGCCACACCCUGCCUUGUCACCCAAGGGAGGAGCUGGGUUUUGGUAAGGAGGCUUGAGGCUCUGCCAGGUUCCUAGAGCUCUACCACCUUCUUCACAAAGCUGUGCUAAGUCCUAAGCACAGAGGUGCACAAUACAAGGAAAGAUGAAUCAGCAUUAAUGCUUAAACCUGUUGAAAUCAGUGCAAUUACUCAUGUCUGAUGAAGGAUAAAUCUAGUUAAGUUCAAUGGGGUGGGCUUCCAGGUAGGUGUAAUCCUAUGCCACUUACUUGGGGGUAUGCCCUACUGAACUCAGACUUAUUUCUGACAUGUAUAAGGUUUGCAUUGCUGUAUGCCAAAUACGGCUGAUAGUAGAUGCAAUUUAACGUUGGCCUGUCCAGUUCAGCUUCAUUUAUUUCAGUAGGACUGAGGUGUGCCUAAUACAUGCUGGAUUGCAUUCAUUAUUUCUAAGUUUUACUAGUUUCCGGUGGAUAUUGCACCAAUUCACACAGCCAAAUGGUUGAGAAAAUACUGUGCAUCUAAAUUCAAUACAGCGUAAGUCAAAGCAAUCACUGCUCACCCCAAAGCUACAGUGCCCUCCCGAGCUGCUAAAAGUGAGUUGAGUGGUGCUAUGGUAAUUGUGGAUGGAGUUGUGAGAUGGGUGCUUAAUGAAGGAAUCAUUCAACCACUUCAUCACACAUUGUACUUCGUAUAAAUAAGCUAAAUUUGUGUUCUUUGUUUAGUCAGCCCAAUUCAUGAAAAUUGACUUGUGCUUCAGUAAUUGCCACAAUCUAAAACUGUGCUGUCUUGUUUUAUGUGCCCAGUGAGUCUUCUAUUUUCUUCCAUUGACAGCAGCCUGCUACACGGUUUGAAAUGCCUAUUUUGUAACUCUGGGAAGUUUCAAAUGUGAUUUCUAGGGCUGAUGUUUGGAAAGAGUGAGAAACUCACAGUGCUUUACACUUGCACACAGCUAAUGAGGCUUAUUUAAAAAAAUGCAUUCAAAAUGUUUAGGAUUGGAGUAUAGUGAGCAUAGGCAUCAGAAUCAAAACUAGAAAAUUUGAAAUACAUCAUGCAGGAGUGAGUAGAGCAUUUCUUCAUCUGAUUUUGAAAAUUCUUGUUGAGUAGUCCUAAGCUCCAAAACUGGUAUUGCCAUAUAAGAAAAUUAUUGCUCUGGUGACUGUUAAAAAAACAUAGUGUUCACUGUAAAUCAUUACAGUGGUGUAAAAUUGCACAAAUUUUUAAUGACUCUAGGAUUAACUAAAAGGACAGUGAUUUAUUUUUGAUAACUAACUGUAACAUGUAGCCUAUAAUUCCAUAUUUUCCCCCCUUAGCUGAGAUGCCCAGACAGUUCCCAAAGCUAAACCUCUCUGAGGUUGAUGAGUCGGUGCGGCUUCUAGCCGAAAAGGUUUUUGCCAAAGUUCUUCGAGAAGAAGACAGCAAAGAUGCCUUGUCACUAUUCACCGUGCCUGAGGAUUGCCCUAUUGGGCAACAAGAGGCGAAAGAAAGAGAGCUGCAGAAGGAGAUGGCAGAGCAACAGUCAUUGGAAACAGCAAAAAGGUUUGUUCGAUGACAAUGCAGAAGUAACUUAAAGUCUUUAGUUAAUAUGCAUAAUGGCAGGACAUUUUUGAAGUAAAAUUUAACCAUAAAGCUGAUUUUGUUGAUCUCAAGAUGUGUCUUACUCACUUACGUGUUAUUUACUAUGGAAACUUAGGAAGAAAAGUUUCAAGAUGAUUCGGUCCCAGUCCUUGUCACUGCAAAUUCCACCACAAGAAGUGAGAGCUCUGUCGGACACCCCAGUUGUGUCUCCUCCUACUCCAGUGCUUCCAGGUUCUUUGCAACCCACCCAAAGGAUGUAUGAUGUACCAGAAUUUCAAAGAGUUACAAUUAGUGGGGAUUACUGUGCUGGGGUAAGAAAUCAGUCAAUUUUUCCUUUUUUAGAGAGAGAGAAAGGGGGGGGGAGUUAACUGUUGUGUUCUUGUGUAAUGUGAAAUUAAAUUGUUGUUUUAUAAAGCCUAUAUUUGCCUAGUUACUCUAGAGAUUGUAUUUCAGGGCUAGAGAACCUCUAGCCUGCCAACCCCCUGUUCUUUGUCACCCGUAAAGCCAUUUUGACCCAGCUAUGCUCACCUGACCUAUACCUGUCACCCGUUGCGGGGCAGGUAAACCUGGCUCAGCUGAAAGGGGUUUGAAGGCACAACUGAUGGGCAGUGACUGCAGAGGGCUUUGCAGGCACUGCCAACCAGCUGAUCAUUGGGUCUUUCAUAGAGAUGUGAAGGCCCAGAAACCAACAUUUCCCUUAAAUUCUCUCCCCUCCCCAUUCUUUUUCUGGGCCUUCACAUCUCUGGUCUUGCAGAGCACUUUGCAGUGGGCUUUGCAAAGCACUCAAACUGGUUUCAGAAUGUGCAGGCAAAAAAAGGACCACUUGACAGCACUGUGAUCUCAGGUGACUGAAGGAUAGUCACCCAACUCACCUGUCAGAUUUGGCCCACAGGUGGUAGGGAAGAUAACAGUCUUACUUGUUGGUCAAAUUCAGUUCCCCACCCUGCUCUGUUCAGUAGAUGUGUAACACUUGUCAAUUAACAAAAACAUGAUACAGUAUUACCAUCUUGCUUUGGAAUACAGAUAUACAUUAUCACCUGUGUCGGAUGUAAGAUAAAGAAUGACCUGCACAGGGAUCAAAGGAGGCCUUUAUUCUCUCAUCCUCUUUUCUUCCUGGCCUUCAGUUAGGGGCACAAAGAGCUGAGCAGAUUAUAACAUGCCCAAAUAAUUACCUGGAAUAGGAGGCCCAUGCAUACCUCCCCUGGUGACUUCCAUAUUCCAUUUGUGCAGGUAGGCGGUUUCUUCUUGGUGUAUAUGUAGCCGGUGCAUGUGUGAAGCAGCACUUGGCUCUCCAACUUCAGAUAAUGAUCAGACAUGUUGACAUGAACAUGUAUUGCUACCUGGCAGAGAGCUGAGGUAAAGGGGUUCUCUUAUCCCAAGUGAUUGUACAUCCUGUCUGAUCACAUUGCUAUCAUUUCCAAAACUACUAUAUACAGGUAAUUCACAUCUUACGCAAGGGUUUCAGGGGGCCACGAAUAAACGCAAAAACACGUAAAGCAAGGAACCCCUGGAACUGCCUACCCAACCCGCUGCAAGGUGGAGGAGCGCUGCUCACCUGGCUUUGGGAAGGCAGCGCGAAGGCUCUGGGAUGCUGCCAGAGCCCGCUUGCUCUGCCUUCCUGAAGUUGAGUAAGCCUGUGCUUGUAGCUAUGUGUGAGUGGGUGGAGAAAAAUAAAUAAAUGGAGAGUGGGUUUUGUCCACUCUCCAUUUAUUUCUUCCCAUCUGCCCCCUCUGUUCAAAGCUGCAAAUAUGUAGGUAAAAGAAGCGUAAGAUGCGAGUUAAGUAUAUAUCCAGGGUGCUGGUAACCUGGGUUAAUGUACAUACUUUCUUAAAAGCUUCAAGAUGCAGCUAAAGUUCACCAUUACAUUACUGAUCUAUGUAGGGAAGUAUUAAGACACAGGUGGAUCUGUGCAUGAAGUAUUUACAUGCUAUCAUAAGAAGCCUGUUGCUUCAUCUGGAGGUAAAUGCAUGAAGAAUUUUGAUUGACAAUGUAGGGUAGAUUUGACUGUUUCUAUAAUGGUUUGGUUCACUGGUCCUCCUAGAUGAAAUUCUAACAUUUGUAGGCUAUAUUGAAAUCUCUAGGUCUUAAUGCCUGUCACUGAGAUGGUAAAUAUUGAACAAUUUUACUUCACAAUACAAGUGGAGGCUGCCACAAUUGAAUGCUCAUCCAAAUACAGUUUUUCUUCAACAUAGUUAAUGAGAUUUCAGAGAGCAGGGCUUUGCUGGAAGUCUCCAUGUUGUACUAGUUUUCUGUGGGUAGAUAAUUCUUGUGUAUAGAGGAACACCCACUUACAAUCUACAGUGGUACGACCAACACAUAGAUUUAUUGCUUCAGUGAGAAGAUUUAUUGCUGUCAAGCAAAUGUGUUUCGGAUUAGUGUUUAUAGUAGCAUUAAAAAAACCCAACUCUAGUGAUUAAUUGUAUAAUUUCUCCCUUCAGGUUACUGUUGAUGAUUAUGAGCAGGCUGCCAAGAAUUUGGCAAAAGCUCUCCUUAUUAGAGAGAAGUAUUGUCGCCUUGCUUACCAUCGCUUUCCAAGGACAACAGCCCAAUAUUUAUGCAGUAUGAGAAAUGAACAAUGGAAAGAUGAAGAUGAAGUACUUCCAGGUAAAUUAGCUGCAGUUUUUUUAAAGGUUUUGGUGCAUGAAAACCUAAGAGAUGAUUAACUUUUACUGUUCUUAAUAUGCCCACUUGAUCAAUAUUCUGGUAAUAGUAUUACUUCCAGCCUUGCAUUAGGUUUUACUCUAAUAAAUGUGUUGCCAUUUUGUUCUUAAAGAGUAAAUAAUCACAUAAAGAUAUAGGGACAGUGCAGUUCUGUGCAAUAUAUUCACUGCUGCUCAGAAAAAUGCUAGUCAAGUCCAUACACUAUGCUUGGUGGCAAAUUAGCAAUGCACUUUCAAUAUUUAAUUGGAGGUUCAGCAACCAUCACUCCAGUAGGAAACAUUGUUAGUUGAACUAAUCACCCACAGCAUUAUACAAGUAAGUCAGUUCCUCUUGCAGCUUUGCUAGAUGGGGUUUUCCCCAACCCUUGUUUUUGAGGAAUGGUGAAAGUGGGGAUUAGCUUGUAACCCUGUUCAGAUAUGAACAGGGAUUUGCACACCCAGCUUUCACGUUUAGCACGCUCUAUCCUUCUUGAACAUAUUGGCUUCAGCCCUAAGCAACUGUGCAAAUUUUGGCCACAAAAAUUCUUCCCUCUCAGCAGUGCAAACAUUAAAUCACGGGUGGACAACUUGUGGCCCCCCCAGAUGUUUUUGAAUUUCAACUCCCAUCAGCCCCAGCCAGUAUGGCCAAUGGUUACUGUAGGUGUAGUCUGGCAAUAUUUGGAGGGGUCACUAGUUGUACGCCCUAUACUUAAGACUGCAGAGAUUUUACAGAGCGUAUUUUGAUUUGCAUCCCAAUUCAAAAUGUUUAUGUUGGUGUAUCAGCCCCAUGUAUAAUAUCGCCUUUUUUCAUACUUUGCUUGGAUAGCUUUCAUAUAACACAUUCUGAACUUCUGGAUUUUGGGCCAUGGAUGCAGUUUGGUCCAUGGUAAAGAACAUUACCAUAAAUAUCAAAUAUCACUGAAAUAAAUGGUUAAGCAUGAGUUGGGUUUCACUCCCAUGUUUUCGGGCUGAUAGGUACCAUAGUACCAUGUCGCAUAGAGUUAAGAUGACAUUCAUGUGACAGUAGGUAGCCUAUAUAGCACUUCAUAAUUUUCAUAAGUCUAUUACUGCUUUUUUGUUGUUGGAAUAUUGUGAAUAGAAACAAUACUGUAUUUUGAAUGAUGACAGAAAUUUAUUGAUUCGGACAUUUUUAUAGAUUUUCAUCCACCCCCAAAAGACCUGCAGGACCUUUACAAUCUUGAUGAUUCUCCAGGGAACCUGGAUUAUGUUGUAAAGAUGAAGGCAGGCAUUUUCUUCGUUUAUGAGAGCAAAGAAAUGAUGGAAGCUGAUGAGCCGUGGAACUUGCCUUAUCCUGAUCUUCAGACUUACACCCUUGACCUCAGUCAUGUGCUGGCUCUCAUUGCAGAUGGCCCAACGUAUGGCUUUGUUCCCUAAUGCUAUCCUAUUGUAUGCUUCAACAGUUGCGUUGCUGCUAUGAGUGUCAAGCCUAUUAUGUUAAAUGAUGUUCUGGGACGUACAGUGUUAACCGGGGGGGGAGGGACCUCAGACCCAGGGGUAAUCUGUGAUCUUCCAGAACUCUCUGUCUGGUCCUUGGACCUGUCUCCAGGCCACACCCACUUCCCAGCUACAGUCCUUCUCCUGAGGUCAUGCCUUUCUGGCUUUGCAUCCUCCUUGAGUGUUUUUUGUUGUUUGAAAGGUGCCCUUGAUCUCUGAUACUGACUUUUGGUUGUCUGUGUGAAGGACAAAGAAAGAGGGUCUCACUUUAGUAAAUGUGUUUAGGAUUGCAGCGGUGAGGUAGUAUUAAUAGUCUGAAUCUCUCAAAUGUGGGAUUGGAACAGGGUUGAUCAGUGGCAGUGCUUGGCCUAUGACUCCAGUAUUUUGCAACACCUUUAAGAAGAAGAGAAAGUUACAUUUCUAAUUCUUAAGUGGAUAUCUGAUUCCUGCAUUGCAGGGGGUUGAACUAGAUGACUCUUUGGGUCCCUUUCCAAUUCUAUAAUUAUUUAAGUAAAAGCAUUCUCAUUUGCUGUCGGACCAUACUUAAGGUACGGUGUUUCCUUUUCUGCAGAAAAACAUACUGCCAUAAGCGGCUCAAUUUUCUAGGAUCUAAGUUUGGUUUACAUGAGAUGUUAAAUGAAAUGUCUGAACUUAAAGAACUCAAGAGUAAUCCUCAUCGGGAUUUUUACAAUGUGAGAAAGGUAAGUACGAAAAAGAUUGGUCUGUGACUUAUUCUAAUCAGUGCCACUUUUUAGAAGCAUUUGAUGUUAAGUUGAAUUAAAUGUUAUGGAAAACAUUAUUUCAUCUUGCGGCAGUAUGCUUCAUAAUCGUAUGAUAUGAGUAAGGAACAGCAAUAAAAUGUUGCAAGAAAUAGCCAAAGCAGAGAGGGUUGAGCUGCUUGGUCAAAGGAUGAGAUACAAAAAUAAUCAAAAUCUGAAUUGCUGACUUUGAGAAAAGAAAGAAUGUAUAAAUGAAAUAGGGGAUGGGAGAACCAAUUUGGAACGAUAGUGCUACUAAAAGAAAAUCCUAUGCCUAUUGGAUUGUCUGCCUUUAAAAAUAGUUCAGAGAAACCACCUUCAAUGUCAGAUGACAUGGUGUGCUAUUACAUGGAUUUUGACAGUCAACAGCCUAAGAAUGUCUGGCAAAAAGAUUGCAUGUUCUUAGUAGGGGCAUAAUGACCUUCCUUAGGCGUUGAUGGCGUAAACAUUACCCUCAUAGAAUUAACUCUGCUUUCCUCCGGCUUGCUGUGAACUAAGAAUCUCAACAGCCAGAAGUGUUGCUUAAUUAUUGCUAUAUAACAUGUCUUGACUGUGAAUAGGUGGCAGCUUUGCCGAGAAUUGAAAGCAGCACAGUAGAGAUGAAGUAGUAUAUGUUUGGUCUCACGGGGCUUUUUUGUUUUAAUCUUAGCCUUUAUUAAUGCAAAGAUUUAACACUUAAACACUUUCUGUAGAUAAUGCAACCACAGUCCUCUCCAAACUUUAUAGAGUCCAGGCUAGAACUGUGAGUUCCUAAAAACAGCAGCUGAAUUCUGCUAUUAGUAAGUCAUAAAUUAAGACUUUAAUUUUUAUUGUUUUAUUGUAUUAAUGCACUGGACUCAUAAGUUUGUGAAUGUAUAGUAUGAGUAAGGGUUUGUGUGGGCCUUCAAAAUAUGUGCUAGUUUAAAGGGAUUUAUUCUCACUAAGAAUAAAAUGUUUCCUGCUAUCUAGCUGGCACAGAUCCCUCAACCAAAAAAAUUCUUCAUUUGCAUGCCCUUUUCUGAUCUACAGUACAAAUCAUUCAGGGCAUAACUCCACAUGGUUGAUGGAGUUGGUUAGAAAAAUAAUUUUAGAGAAGAAAGAAACACUGAAAAGUAAAGGAAAACUUAGUCUUCCAGGCCCUUAAGAGCUGUUCUUUUCAUGGCGGUGUGCAUAAAUUAAUACUUUUAUUCAAUGGCUCUGUGGUGAAACUAUGAAGAAUGUUGAAUAGUGCAUCUGCAUUAGUUGAUAAAGCCCUGUCUUAAUGUAAACACAGAAAAAUAUAUUUAUGUACAGCAUAUUGUGAUAUAAUGACCUAUUUUUUACAGCGCAGAGUCAGUAUAUUGUUAUAUUGCUUCUGUUCUCUGGUUUCAAAAUAGGUUGUGCAAGAAAAGAAGUCAUUCCUGGAAAGUGUGAUUAAGGCAGUAAACAGAACAGGUGGAAGCUUUUCCAAGUGAACUGCCAAUGUUCCCAGAUUCAUUGGAAGUACUUAUUCAAUGAUUUAUUUACAGUAAAGUCUUUUGCAAAAACAACACACACUAUGACAACCCCCUCCAAAAAAAGAAAGGAAAAAAAGAAGACCCUUAGAGGAAAUCAGUGCCAUGCUCUUCUAAUUGUUCAUUGAGUGCAAGCAUUUUGGCUUGUCAUCUGGAAUGAUUGCCCCUGUCCUCCUCCUCAGGUCUUGAGGGAACCCUAGAGGAAUAACGGGGGAGGGGAAACAAAAUAGGGGGAAAACAUCCAACUUACAACUACGCUCCACCUUUACAACAUGUGUGCUACUGACUCUCAAACUUCGGGAUUGUCGGAAUAAUAUGCAACAAAAAAUUAAUCAAUUUGCAUCAUGCAACUCAAAUUGGGUCCACUAGACCCAGACUUUUAAAACAAUGUGGACUAAAGUCACUUCUGGGGCUCCUUCGGGAUUAGGGGCGCCAAAGCUCAAGAUUCAUUUCAUAGUAAAUCCACCCCUGGCAACACCCCUCAUUGCUGGGACAGAGGGGUGUCACAGUACAGAGCAACUGGAGGGGCACAAGUUCCCAACUCUUGUUUUAAAAAAAUUGAAGCUGAAGCCAUUUUAAGCUUUCAAGAGCCAAAGUUUUGUAAACUGCUUCUGCUAUUAGGCUAGUAUCUUAUGAUUCCCCAAGGUGGAAAAACUAGUAGUGUUUAUAGUGAGAGACUAUGAAAGGAAAGUGCUGGAGAGACAUAGAUCAUAAUUCUGAACAGGGUGACCAAGACCCUUCUGUCAAUGUAAUUAUCACUGAUCUAAAUAUGGAAUAUUUAUCUAUCUUGGUGACAGGUUUAAUAGAGAUGUGUUCAUAAGAGUAUCAAAUGACACCUGUGUCAUUGAAAUGUUGGAAGGUGUCAAAAUCGUUCAGUGUGCUUGAAAGCUUAGCUUGGGUUGGAAGAUGUAAAGUGCUCGUUUGUAAGAUUGUCCUGUAGGUAGAUUGCUGGAAACCACAGGGAAGGAGAUUGCUGUUGCUCUCAGUUCCUGCUUGUGUGCUUCCCACAGGCAUCUAGUCGGCCACUGUGAGAACAGGAUGCUGGCCUAGAUGAGGGUGGGGAGGAAAAGGUGGAUGGAGAAGAUUAUGAGGAAAAGAAUAAGAUGGCAGCAAAAAUAUAUUAGUGUGAUGCACCUCUGUUUCAGUUGCUUGCAGCAAACCCUCCAACACGUUGAAUCCCAAAACCGGGAUGUGCCUCUUCCUGUUUGUGCUCCCUUGCGAGUCACGCGAACCACACAAGAUCACAGAGCCUAAAAGAUGAGCAUUUUUCAGGGCUGUGCUCUCGUGGUGCCCAAAAACGUGCAUUUGGGGGCACCUCACUUUUUUCAAGGUGAGAUCUCGCCUGCGAAAUCACGUGAACAAAUAUAUAUGUACCUCUGUAGUAACUUUGCUAGGGUGUGCAGGAAGGAAUAUAUAUAAAUACCUUGGGAUCUUGAAUUAGACAAUAGUCUGAAAAAUAUAGAAAGGCAGGAUAAAUUUUUUAUUAGUAAAAAUUGUUUUAAUAAAUAAAUACAUUUCUGUUAAGAGGAAAUGUUAUCUGAGGACAGGUUCGGAUAACUAUAAUGGACUUAAGAUGACUGUGGCAGGCAAAAAAUAAUUGGCCACACAGCCUUCCAGAUCUUGUAAGGGUAUAGUUCACGUAUAUAUUGUUUUUCUGCCUAAAAAUUAUACCCUUAGCUCAUACUUCAUCCUCCUCUAAUAACAUUAAAUGUGCCAAAAUAAACUUAAUUUUGCCUGUUUAAUGGCUGCACAAUUUUGAAUGAACAGUGAUUUUGUGAUUAAAUAUCUUACUUGUGUUAGUAGAUGUUUUAAGCAUCUGUUUUAAUACAGCUGUUGAUGAAACUCUCUAGGUUUUAGUGGAAGUUGUUACAAAGCACAUUUAAUGGAAAAUUAAAGACUAAAUCCAGUUAUGAAUUAUGUACAGUGAUCAUAAGAACCAAAGGUUAAUGGCAUGUAGCCUGACUCUGCUUUUUGUGGAAACUGAUUUGCAAAGCUGAUUUUAAAUUAUGAUGGUGAAUAAUAAGUGUGCGCUAAUGAACUGUCUGUUUAUAGAAUGCUAAUCAGUUACAUGGCAUUUACUACCCUCUGAAAACUCCAGGAGCUUCAAAAACUGGUUUUAAGCUCAAGAGUACAUUAUGACCUUUAGAUAACAUGCUGCUCUGUGUGGCUUAACAUUUUAUUAGGUACACUUGUGGAGAUGGUGAUGCAGUAAUGAGAUCCUAUUGGAAAAGUAGUGUUCUAAGAAAAUGGUAAUAGCUAGGCAUUUUCUUUUACUCAGAAAUAAGUUCCUUGUGUUUUGUGGGAUUCUGUGGAAAAGCAGGAAAUUUGUCAAUAACAUGGAACUUCUGUUUGUGAUAUGUGAUGGCUCAUUCACACAUGCAGUAAGUUUGGAAUCAGCUCACAAUUGUGGGACAGAAGUAGCUUACCAUUGCUUCUGCUAGGACAAAUCAAUUUCCAGUGAUCUUUCCUUCCUCAUUGUAUAAACCAGGUAUGGGGACUCUUUGGCCCUGAAGAUGUUGCUGAAUUACAGCUCCCUUCAGCCAUAGCAAAUGUGGCUGAUGGCCAGGGAUUGUGCGAGUUGCAGUUCAGCAACAUCUUCAGGACCAAAGGAUCUCCACACCUGGUACAGAAUCAUUAGUGAUGCCUUCUUGGAUCUCUGCAUUGAGGCCAGAACUGCAAAAUGAGCUGUUGAAUGUGAGGCAUUUCCCCCCUCAACAGUAUAAACAUCUUGCAGGUGUUAUGAAGAUUCUAUUCCUUUUCAUGGAACAAGUUUGGCUUGGUCGGGGGCGGGGGGAAUUAUUAAAUACAGUGGUACCUCUGGUUACGAACUUAAUUCAUUCUGGAGGUCCAUUCUUAACCUGAUGUACCACUUUAGCUAAUGGGGCCUCCCGCUGCUGCCGUGCGAUUUCUGUUCUCAUCCUGAGGUAAAGUUCUUAACCUGAGGUACUACUUCCAGGUUAGCGGACUCUGUAACCCAAAGUGUUUGUGACCCGAGGUGUUUGUAACCUGAGGUACCACUGUAUGCAGUCAUUUCCAUUUAACAUCCUGAUAAAGGCUGAAUGUACUCUCUGUAAUUUGCAUACUCAAGCUAUUACUGAUGUUCUCACUUUCUUCUAUGGAGCUGAUUAUGGUUAUCAACAAUGUAUAAGACAUCAAGUAUGAGACUGCUCCUCCAUGAAAGCCCUCAUUGGGUUGGGUGUUCUUAAAAAAACCCAUGACCCUCGUGCUUGCUAUAAAUAAAUAUUAUAUCAUUUACGGAGCCAAAUACACUGUAGCUGAAACUUCCAGCAAAAUCAUCACAAUAUUGUUGUUAGAUUUACUACCCAUUCUUCACCAAAACGUCCCAGGGUGGGUUACAGCAAUAUAAAUACAGUAUUAAAAACAGUUGCACACAAAUUACAAUAACAGCUAGAGUGAAGGUGCCAGACAUGCUUCUGUGGGGAGGGGCUUCCACAGAAAAUGCCACUUCCUAGGUCAGCCCCCUGCCCAAUGUCUGAGGGCAAUGCAACUACCAAGAGAGCCCCUUCUGCUGGAUGAUUGCUUUUGUUUUGUUAUCAUGGCAGGAUGUGGGCCAGGUAUCUCACUCAUGCUUAGCUGUCAUUCUGUUUUGUACUUAGUGUAGCGUGCUGUACCUUGAUUUGUAAUCAGACAUUCUCUACUAAAAGUAUUAAUAUCUUUUGUGAUGUAUGUAGAUAGUCCUCCAGGCUAAGAAGUUGUCAGGAUAGAGUGCCUCACAGAUGAUUUCAACUGUUUAUUGGAUUGCUACCUAUUGUUUGUUUCAUUGAGUCUGCAGAGUAGAAAACAUAUAUUUUAAAUAGAACUUGCUUUAACGUAAGAGCAUGGGCAAGAGAAAGGUGUUGACAGUACUUUCCUGUCACUUCAGGGAGUCUGAAUAUAUUCCACCUUAGAGCUGAAAUUAAUACAGGCUUCUUGAAUUUCACCUUUCCGGCAAAGGGGUUUAUCUAGACUCCACUUUAGUGGUGAAGGGAGCACUCAUUACACACCUGGUGAUAAUGUGCAACAUUUUGCCUAAGGUCUGUGGCAAACAUUGCCAAGAGCUGGAACUGACAUUGAAAAACAUUGAAAACAUUUCCCCCCUCACUCCUGCAGAAGUAGUUUAGAGCAGCCUCUUUGCCCUGGAAGUGAAAUUGACAUUGGAGGCAAUAAAACUGAGAGGUUGCAGAGAUGAGGAGAAAUCGUGUCAAUUCCAUCUUUCCUUUUCCCCAUCUUUGAAGUCCUUGUAAUACAAUUCUCAGAGCCUUAGCAGAUGCUACACACCCAGUUUUUCCCUUCUGUCCUUUCUGCUGCUACUGAGAGAUUGUUUUUUUCUCAUGGAAACAGGAGCAUUCCAUCAGUCCCUAGGGAAACAAGACAAAUGAAGAUGUUAAAAUGUGAAAUACUGUACCUUACUGAAUAAAAAAAAUAAAAUCCAAUGAAUUGUGUAACAUAAUAAUUAAAUUCACUACUACUACUACUAAUAAUAAUAAUUUGAUUGUUUAUACCCUGCCCAUCUGGCUGGGUUUCCACAGCCACUCCUUAGUAUGUUUUUAUUAUUAUUUAAAGUAUUGCAACGCAAUGAUGUAGCUUCAGGAUCAUAACAGUGGAUGACUUCACCGCUAUUCUAUUAGCAUAAUUGUGACAGACAUCUUCACUAGAGGUCAGGGAUAUGCUGAGAAACGGGAAGUAAAAUCAGGUCAAAAUAAGACAUAUUUUACAGGAAAGGGGGUGGGAACAGAAUAACACAUUUGGAAAGAAAAUAUAAAUGUAUAAAUGCAAAGUCACACCAGGAGGGUCUGUGCAGAAUGCAUACAUAAUGACUUAGAUCCAAGGGACUGCACAAGGGGUGGUGGAAUUCACUGAUUUCUGGUGACUUCUCCCUCCUGCUACAGCCUCCUAUUUAACAUGCAUUAUGUUUCAGAAUAGCCUCCCAAUUUUCAGGAGUAGAUUUUCAUGAGGCACAGCAGGCUGCAGGAGCAAGGAGGAGAUGGAAAAGCCCAUUCUGUGAAUGGGUCUCUACUCACAAAAUGAACAUUCACUAACUGUAAUGCAGGUGAAUAUGUGUUGUGUCUCACAAGCAUGUUGAAUUUCAAAUGAACAUCUUUCAACUAGUAGGACUCUUAUCCUUAAUAGCUUUGACUGCAUAUGUAUUCAGAAUAGGCUUCCUCCUUUUCUUUUAAGAAGUAACAUCUGACCAGAGCCUGAGGGCUACAUUUGACAAGACAAUGGGAAUUUUGUGAUCCGUAGAUUACAUUGUUGGUGAAAGGGGAGUUCAACCAUGUAAGAAUAUUCUUCCUCACUCCCAAAAGCUGAUACCUGAUGACUCUUGUCCUUGCUGAAGUUAGUGCUUCAUAGCACACUGAGAGAAAGGUGUUCAAUAUCUUUCAAAUUACCUGCUGUGCCAGAUGGCUAAUAGUAAAAUAUGCAUGCUUGAUGUCAGCUAAGCCAGAAUAAUCUUGUUUGUGAUUUCAGGUUGACACCCAUAUCCAUGCUGCUGCCUGUAUGAACCAAAAACAUUUGCUGAGGUUCAUUAAACACACAUACCAAACAGAGCCAAACAGGAUAGUGGGAGAGAAAAAAGGCAAGAAGUUAACUUUAAAGCAGGUGUUUGAAAAUCUCAACAUGGAUCCCUAUGACCUCACUGUAGACUCACUAGAUGUCCAUGCAGUAAGUACAUUUUGACCAGUAGAUGAAAUUGAAUAUGGAGAUCAGGAUUUUGUACUUGAGUCAUGUAUGGAGGGAGAAGAUUACUCUCUUGGUUUUUGUGAUAUAUUUUUUCUGUUACUUAAAGAAUGCUUUAGUUAAGAAUAUAUAUUGACAUUUUGAUAUUUUACAAGUAGAUGCAAAUAUAUAUAUUGCAAUAAUAUGACUUAACAAUACGUGAGUUAUUAAAAACUGAUACUCAGCUUAUUGAAUACGCAUUUCCCUUCUUAUCUCAGGAUCGCCAGACGUUUCACCGAUUUGAUAAAUUCAACUCCAAAUAUAAUCCAGUUGGUGCAAGUGAGCUGAGGGACUUGUACUUGAAAACAGAGAACUAUAUUGGUGGUGAAUAUUUUGCUCGUAUGGUGAAGGUAGGCAGCUUUUGAAUCCUUUCAGUCACUGUGUCUCUUAGUGUCUUGUAAAAACACUUGUAAUGUGAAAUAUACUAAUUGCAGCGUAUGCUGCUGAGCCAAGGAGGUGCUGAAUCCUGAAAGCAACUGAACUCCACAUAGAAUACAAGAUGUCUUGUGUGACAGACACGUACAUCUCUAUAAGCUAGACGUGCUCUAAAGUUGCAAUGUUUUCGGCUCACCCUUUUUCACAGGAACUGUGGUAUAGAGAUGUGUGUGUGAGGUUAGGAAUGUACUAAAGGGCUUUUCAAAGCUGGUAACUUUACUAUUUUUUUCUGCAGUGCAUCACAAAAAGGGUGCUUAAGAGGUGUACAAGUCCCAUUCUUUGUGUGGUUUGGGGGCUGUAGUUUGAGCAAGUUAGAAAGAAAUGUCAGUGGACAUGAAUAAAUUUGUAAACACGCAUCAGGGUUCUCUGGAUCCUGCACAAAUAUAUUGGGGGGGGGGGACUGCACAAAACAUGGCUAACACUCUAGAUCAUUGAUUUCAAUGGACAUAUUUCCAAAUUAAGAUCUGUGUGUAAAGCUUUUGUGAUUAUGUGUUGUUCCUGGCAGAAAUGUAAUAAUGGUUGGUUUUGAAUAGGAAGUUGCCCGUGAACUGGAAGAAAGUAAAUACCAGUACACAGAACCUCGGCUGUCCAUUUAUGGACGUUCUCCAGAUGAAUGGCCAAAUUUAGCUAAGUGGUUCAUCAGGCACAAAGUUUACUCACCGCACAUGCGUUGGAUGAUUCAGGUCCCUAGAAUCUAGUAAGUAUCUUUGUGUCAUAGUUUUUUAGCCUUAUGGGUGCACUUUCUCUCUCUAUCUGAAUAGUGUUUUUUUUCCCCAAGCAUUAUUUCAUCAUGUGAUUACUUUUUCAGAAACAAUGAGGAAGUCUGAUCUAAUCUUCUCCUGUUGUAAUGCAAACAGCCUUGCCUCAUGGCAGCUACCACAGUAUCCUGUGUGAAGCAAAGAGGACAAAACUGGACAACUCAAUUUCGCUUUUUUCUAUCAGUCAGAAACAUGUUACCUUAAAUCAAGUGGGGAACCUGCAGCCAUCAGCCUUAUUUAUGAGGAGAGGUGAAAAGGGGGUGGAACUGAGAAUGGAUGGAGUAAUAGGAAGUCAAGGGAUGAGGGACUCACUGCACAGGGCCACCCCUACCAUUGCACAGUGAGGAAACUGCCCUAGGUACCGUAUUUUUUGCUCUAUAACACGCACCUGACCAUAACAUGCACAUUGUUUUUAGAGGAGGAAAACAAGGGAAAAAACAUUCUGAAUGAAACAGUGGAUGUAUCAUUUUUGUGCUUCAUGCUGUGGCCACAGACAUGUGAUCUGAUGGUGAAUUUGGGGUGACCCAAUGCAAAAAUCCUGAGAAUCCCUGUGGAUCCAUGCUUUGUAACCACGUUUUGCACCAUUGCAGCCCCAGGCAACAGUGGGUGCGUGAUUUUUGGGGGGCAGGCUGUAGCCAUGGACAUGCUAUGUGCUCUGAUGGUGAAUUUGGGCUGACCCAAUGCAAAGAUCCUGAGGAUCCAUGUGGACCCAUGCUUUGUAACCACAUUUUAAGUGGGGAGGGAAGGAAAAACGCAGAAGGGACAAGGAGCACGAGAGGAGUGUGCAGAGAAGCAGCUGGCUAAGAAUGCAGGAGAGGGGUAUAACGGGAGGGAGAAAAGGAAGGCAAAAGUUUCCCCCCACCCACCCACCCAAGCCAGUCAGCUCGCGCUCUCUCUCUCCCACCUGCAUGUUUUCCAGCUGCCUGAUAUAUAUAUUUUUUAAUUGCCUUGACAGAAGAAAGCAUUUUAACUGCUUUAAGAACUAUUUAGCAGCGAAACCUAAGCUUUGCCAUCCCUUAAGAGGUACAGACACUGUAAUCUUCCAGAUCGCAUGAAUUUACAGGCAAAACACUGUUUAAGGAUUUCAUCCUUUUAAAUGGAAGAAAGCAUAUUUGAAUGCUGUGUGUCCUCAAAAACAAAAGCAAGAAGUCAAAUCAGAAUUUUAAGCUGAACCUGUAAUCUCUCUUCCCUUCACAAACAUUGUUCCCUCCGGAGCAUGGAGAGGAAUUAGAAGGAAGGACGCUCUGCUUUCCCCUCUGCUUGCCUGGAGAGGAGGGGCUUUCCCUGCUCUUUGUUCCGUUUGAGCAAACACAGCAACGAAACAGAGAGGGUGGGCAGUAAGACCCUGAGGCAGAAUGCAGGAAAGCAGCCGCUUCCUCUUUUCAGGUUUCCCUUCUCCGAGACACGAUUUGAUUUUUGCCUCCACUCGCGCCAUUCGGCUCCAGGGACCACACAUUCGCUCAAUAACACGCACAGACAUUUCCCCUUCCUUUUUAGGAGAAAAAAUCUGUGUGUUAUAGAGAGAAAAAUACGGUAGUUAAUUUUGAGUGUUAUUACUGUAUUUUUACUCCAGUAGAAGAAGUGUUGGUGGUCUUUUCUGUCUCAGGCACCAAAACAACUUGACCCCCUUGAUUUGGGGUUUCAUUUGUUAUUCUGCCUUGGGUACCAAAAUAUAUUGGGAUGGCCCUAGGCCUGCACUCAGUCAGUUCAGGCCCCUGAUGAGCUAUUUGUCCAUUUCCCUGUCAGCCACUUGGGUGGCGCUGGAAGGGGUGGAGAGAGAGAGAGGAAGGGGUAUUUAAGAGAGGGAAAAGGGGGAGGCUCUGAAUCAGCCCACUAGCAGUUCCUGCCCAAUCUAUUGGCAUGCAGUCUUUUACAGGAAAAAGUGGUUCCUCACCUUGCGCUUUGUUACAUGGCUGCCCAUGCCCCAGUCUUUCUCUCAUUAAUGUUUAGGUAAAGGAAGAUACAUGAUGUGACAUUGUAUUUCUGUACAAGUGUUAGCUAGUUGAACAGAGCGGGGGGGGGGGGGCGAGGUAGAGAAAUGUUGUCUUUGGUCACAUCUUUUGUAUACAGCUUUGAGGGUUGUUGUUUUUUUUACAAUCAAGCAAUGUGUCACUUUUAUGAAACCAACAUCCCAUAUAAAUAUCACUGUUGUGUAAGCUGCAGAGCCAUGUUUAAAAGCCAAACAGCACAUUGCCUUAAAUAUGGGGCUGCUGCUACCCCCCCCCCGACUUCUUUUGGUACAUCUAGUUGAAGUAGAUGCAGCUUAGCUGGGUGGUGGCUGGGCUAAGCUUUUAUUCUAGGUACGCUGAGCCUGUGUGCAAUAGCCAGCACCACCCUGUUAAUGAUGCUGGCAGUGUCUCUGAUGUACAUAUAUCAGGGCAGGACUGGCGCCAUUAACAGGGUAGGACUGGCCUGUAUACACAUGCUGAAUAACCUGGGAGCUUCUGCUUGGCUCCGCAGCCUACCCUGCCAGUCUAGUACAUGUUUGGAGACCACAAUGGCGCCCCUCAACCUUUGCUGGGUCUGUUUUUAAGCCUGAACUGAAAACAUGUUUAAAAUGUAAAAUAUCAACUGCAAUCCUCUAAUUUUUGUGAUUGUUUAAUCAAAAUGCACUUCAAACUAGCAAUGGGAAUUGGUCUACAUAUCAGACUAAAUGCAAGCUGAAAAAUCAGAUAAAUAAUUUUCAUACAAGUCUUUUAGUGUGAUAGGGAACUAAGGCUGGCAUACUUUUAACUAUAAAUUUUGCAUCUGUAAGUACGGUAUCUAAGACAUGGUUAUUUGCUAGAGAUUAUGAUGCAUGGCCAACAUGCAUUGACUGGGGAGCUAAAUAAUGAGUCCACAAGGCACUUCAAGUCCCCAUAAAUCACAUUACUCAUUAGGAAGCAGGUUGCCAUCAUUAGUUUUUCUACUCAGCAUAAUGCAAACAAGUAUGCAUGCUGCAUUAGUCACUCAAAUUGAAGCUCUCAUUAGGAGAGAUUUCAGGGCUGAAUUUUGAGACAACAUAUUUUGUUUCGGGGCAGGUUUGUAGAGGAAACUAAUUCUCAUCAGGUAAUUACUAGGUAAUUUUAUUGAUUGAUAUUUGAGUUUAAAUCUUCUUUGCUUAUAAUAAAGAAUUAAAAAUAUGACAGGUCAGUUAAAGCAUAAGUGCUCUGUGUGUGUGUGUGUGUGUGUGUGUGUGUGUGUGUACACACACACAUAUAUAUAUAUAUACAUACACACAUACUGUAUGUAAACAUUAAGGAGAAUGCAAGUUUAGUGGUUAAUGUGCUUAACAUCGGGCCAUUGUGCACUUUCCCUGGGCCUUGUGGAGAAUGUGCACAUAAUCCAUCCAUGAAGAGGGAAUUGUGUACAUAAUAUACAUAAUCCCCAACAGGCCUUGGGAAAUAUUGGCUGGAUUUUGUACAUUCUCCAGCCAUUCUGCAUAGUCCCCACAUGCUUUGGGGAAUAGGCAUAUCUUAACUGCAUUCUGUACAUUUUCCAGGCAUUAUACACAUCCCUUGGUCAGUAUACUUGGUCUCUAAGAAUCAUGCCUUUUUUCUAAGCAAAUAAAUAUUAAAUAAAUAAAUAAAUUUUAAAUAAAUAAAUAAAUUUUAAAUAAAUAUAUAUUUAAGAUUCUUGUUUCUUUCAGUGAUAUUUUUAGGUCAAAAAAGAUUCUGCCUAGCUUUGGCAAAAUGCUAGAGAACAUCUUCUUACCUCUGUUUGAGGCAACUAUCAACCCAUUGGAACAUAAAGAGCUGCACCUCUUCCUUAAAUAUGUAAGUAUGUGGAUGACCCUUCUUCAGGGCUGCAUGUAUCAAGUCGUUUUAUGAUCACACUGCAUGCCUUCAUUUUGUAUUGGGUGCAGAAUUAAUUGUUCCAAAACCCAUAACUUUUUGUUUUGUUCUCUCUCCCUGCUUCUAAAAGCAAGUUUCUCAUCCUUAAAACUGCAAUGUUUUGGAAGUACUUGGUGGGAUGAAAACUGAAAGAGCCACAGAGACAGACAGGGGUCUGAGCAAGGCUCCUGGUGAACAGGGCAGCCAUGUUCUGCAUACUGCUUUGGCCUGCCCCGGGGAUAGCAAAAACAAAAUAAAUUAUGCAAAAUGAGCACAAGUUGCAUAAUUUAUACAGGUUGCCAAAUUCAGUUUCUUUCUUGGUGCAGAAUUUCAGCUACUUCGGCACAAAGUUCUGGUUUUUCUUUUGAGUAUGUUAUUAAGGACGCCUGCCCCUUCUCUGCCUUGCUCCACAAUCUCUCACCACUAAGAGCAAGAGCCACAGGCUCAUAUCAGUAGGAUUUGAGUGUGUUACUACUGUGUUUAGCCGUUUCCCCACAACUAUGUGCCAGUCAGAUGUUGGAAUUCAGUUCAGUAACCCAUCCGCUGAUUAGGUACCUGCAGUUGUCAAAGCUGCCACCGCCUGCUGAUUGAGACUGUGCACAUUUCCUAAUACUGUGGUACCUUGGUUUGCAACCGUUUUGGAUUACAACUGUUUUGGAUUACAACCACGUCAAACCUGGAAGUGCGUGUCCCUUUUUUGGGAUUACAACCCUUUUUUGGGGGGAGGCCCCAUUGGCGAAAGUGCACCUUGGGUUACAACCUGUUUUGGUUUACAACCGGACCUCUGGAAUGGAUUAUGGUUGUAAACCAAGGUACCACUGUACAGUAACAGCAACCUCUUAUGCUCUUCUGGCGCAGCUCCCUCUGCUGGCGAAAACUUAAAAAUGUUUCAAGUUUUAUGAUUUUACCAUCUUUGGUGUGAACACUGACACAUGAGUGUCACAGAGCUGUUGUGGGCCCUGUGGCUGUGAAAGAGGUGUUUGCUUCUAGAACAUGCAGCUCUGCCUUGAUUGGCUGGCCUGAAUGUUCAGGGCCUCUCCUAGUGUGGCAUGGAAAGUGCUGCUCUUAUCCAUGCGAAAGUUAUAUCAGAUGCUGGAGACCUUACAGAAGGAGAUUACAAGUGUGGCUUUUCCCUACUUCACUGCUGCCCCAGUUUCCAGGAGGGCUAAUACUGGUGUCGGGAGGAGGUGCUACUGCAUGGGCUUCUAUGUGCCGUGUUAGGUACUGCUGACAUUACAUACAUGGUACAGGAAUGCAACAGGCCUCUUCCAUGAAAGUGAUGUGAGAAGAAGCCGCCCAGGAUACCACCAGAAAAACAAUCCUUGUGACAGGUGAACUUAGGCAGUUUGUGAGGUCUGGUUGAGGUGGAGUUGCGGCAGGUGUCGACACCUGUAUAGUAUUAUUCAUAUGUUUGUUUGUUUGUUGCAUUUCUAUCGCACCUUUACCCCCAUGGAGCUCAAGCCAGUUUACAUAGUUCUCUCGCUCCUCAUUUAAUCCCCACAACUACCUUGUGAGGGAGAUAGAUUCAGGUAGGUAGCCAUGUUGGUCUGACGCAGUUGAUGUAUAUAUAUAAUUGUCCAGUAGCACCUUAGAGACCAACUAAAUUUGUUCUUGGUAUAAGCUUUCGUGUGCAUGCACACUUCUUCAGGUACUUCUGUUUCAGUGUAUCUGAAGAAGUGUGCAUGCACACGAAAGCUUAUACCAAGAACAAACUUAGUUGGUCUCUAAGGUGCUAGUGGACAUUUUUCUUGUGAGGGAGGUUAGGCUGAGAGGUAAUGACUGGCCCAAGGUCACCCAGCAAACUUCAUAGCCAAGUGAGGAAUUGAACCCUGGUCUCCCAAGUACUAGUCCAGCACUCUAACCACUGCCUUGCCACUGGCUCCACAUGUAAAACUCCACUCUUCCUCCUUUCAGUAGGCAAGCCUUCCCCAACCUGGUGCUCUCCAGAUGCUUCAAACUGCAAUUCCCAUCAUCCCUGACCACUAGCCAUCCUGGCUGGGGCUGAUGAGAGUCUAUCAUGUGGAGAGCCACGUGUUCCACACCUCUUCUGUAGAGUCUGCAAUGCUUUAGCGGUGCAAUGGGUUUAAGGAAGACUGCAGUAGGACUUUCUCAUCACAUACCCAAAGUGUUUUCUUGCUCAGCAGCCGUCAGUCUUGUGACGUGGGAGCAUAAUGACACCCUGGGCAUGAAGAACAUUCUAUUAAAAUAAAUAGUACCCAGGUGCGGUGGGGACUCUAUUUUUAGUAGCCAUUUUCAUUGACAGCAACAUUUCUUUUGUAAACAUACACAUUCUGCUCUGUAGAAAUAUUAACGACACUACUUAAGCUAGUCCAAUGCCAGUUUUAUAUGGCUGGAAGCUGAACUGUUUCUGAGUAAACCAUUACAAUUUGGGCUUUGGGUUCAGCUGUGAUUCAGACUAUUCUGGUUCACAGUUUAAACCAAUAAAUUCCCCACCCUAUCACAAAAAAGUAUAAUGAUUAUGUUUCUUAGCUGUAGUUUAACUAUUGAGGGCACACACUUCAGUAGGUAGUGUUUGAUUGUGUGGAAUGUCUUCUGCCUUUGCUAUCUGGAAGGAAAAGGAAAAAAUUGUGGAAUUUCUGGCCUAAGAUACAAGCAUUAACAACUGAGUGCCCACUCCUUGUAGUAGUGACUUGCCAUGCAGACAACUAGCCAAGCCCUGACUUUAUAUAUAUAUAUAUAUGUGUUCAUGCUGAAGUUGAUUCACACACACAUCUGUUUUUGUUGGAUUCCUAGGUGACAGGGUUUGAUAGUGUGGAUGAUGAAUCCAAGCAUAGUGACCACAUGUUCUCUGACAAGAGCCCCAACCCUGAUAACUGGACUAGUGAAAAAAAUCCUCCAUAUAGCUAUUACUUGUACUACAUGUACAUAAACAUCAUGGUUCUGAACAACCUUAGAAAGUAAGUAGUGACGUUUUAUAUCUUCUUAUCUCUGCAUCUUUGGUAGAAAGAUAUAACAUGGAAUUUGAAGCAUAGCUUAAAUCAGACUAACAUUGUCAACUUAAAUGUAAGUGUUUUUAUGAUCUCCUUUCUAGAGCUGCCCCCCCCCCCCCCCGCUUCUAAGGCUUUUUAAAGACCACCAAUUCAGUCCAAAAGGAGGAAAUGAUUGUGCAAAACAGCACUGUGCAGACUUAUCCAUCAGGUUAGGAUUGUACACGUGUAGCCCUGGGUGGCAGCUUCUGUAACAGGGCUGAUCAUCUGUGGGCCAGAAGAAAAGGUUGAAUCCACCUCUUCUGUCCCUGCUCCUGCCAUCUAGGCAGAAAAUCAGUACUAUUGAAGAAACUAACCAGGACUGCACAUUCACAGCUCUUGCCCUAGUGUCAGACUUUGCAGUCUGAGGAAGUAUGAAAAGAGCAUAUUUUUGUAUGUGUAGCGUCUCUUGUUGGCUAGGGAUGAAAAGUGUUUUUUUAAGAGACCGGUAGGCAGUCUCAUAGACCAGGAGCAGCUAACUUGAGGCCUGUAGGCUGGCCCAUAUCUGGCCCACCAAAUAGGUUUUUUGCAGCCCCCAAGACCUGUCCAUACUUGUACUCCUUUUCUUUAAAAAAAAAAGUAAAAUAGAGUGCUUGUUUUUUAAAAGUAUUGACUUCUGCUUUGUGCCCCCACUGCAAUACUGUGAUUUCAAAAGGCUUUUCCUGCCCCCACUGUGAGCCUAAUACACCCACACCCACAAACACCCCAAAAAACCCACAUUACUAACCAAUCUUGUGGGUCCAUCAGCCUGGAAAAGGUUAACCCCCUCUGUUGUAGAUCUAUCAACUGCCUAACAUACACACACACAGACACUUUUCAAUCUUAUGGUUUCUGGAUCAAACACACUUUGUAAGGUUUUGUUGCACUUCAGGCAGCAUCUGGAGAGCAUCUGAACCAGCUUUCAGUAGAUUAUAGAAGUAAUCAGUACUUCUUCAUUAGAUGUGUGCCAAAAAACAUCACUGACACCUAUAAAGUAGUGUCCAUAGCAUCAUUAGUGAUCCUCUUUGUCUUGCCAGGAUUAGUUUUGUAUAUUGGCACAGUGAGAUAUGUGUAGCAUGUUCCCUGUUUUUGCAUGUGCUUUCAUCCACCCUUUAAAAAAGAAUAAUGCAAAGCAACCUGUAUUUCCAAGAAAAGAAAUGCCCCACCAUUUCAAUAACAUUUUAUAUUUUAAAUUAAUUUAGUCUUGAACAUUUUUUGCUUGAGAACAUUGUCUUUUAAAAAAACACACAAAAAACUAUAGGAGUGAAAUUGACUACACUGGAACUUGCUUGCUGUCCAGUCUUGUGAUUUAACUACUUCUUUGGGUAGGUUUGUUUUCGGUAUGGGAAUGAAGGAAACUGCUGCAGUUAAUAAAUAUGAUGAAAUUGGUGAACUCACAGACAUGCAUCUUCCCUGCCUUUUGUUUGUUUUCAAGCUGAUGCCAUUAUUAUUAUUAUUAUUAUUAUUAUUAUUAUUAUUAUUCCACCCAUCUGACUGGGUUGCCUCAGCCACUCUGGGUGGCUUCCAACAAAAUAUUAAAAACAUAAGAAACCUUGAACAUUAAAAACCUCCCUGUACAGUGCUGCCUUCAGAUGUGUUCUAAAAGUCAUAUAGUUGUUUAUUUCCCUGACAUCUGAUGGGACGGUGUUCCACAGGGAGGGCGCCACUACCGAGAAGGCCCUCUGUAACUUUAAUUUCUUGCGGUGAGGGAACCAACAGAAGGCCAUCGGAGCUGGAUCUCAGUGUCCAGGCUGAACGCUGAGGGUGAAGAAGCUUCUUCAGGUAUACAGGGCUUGAGGCCACUUAGGGCUUUAAAGGUUAGCACCAACACUUUGAAUUGAGCUUGGAAAUGUACUGGGAGCCAUUGUAGAUAAUUUAGGACUGGUGUUAUAUGGUCCCAGCAGCUGCUCCCAAUCACCAGUCUGGCAGCCGCAUUCUGGAUUAGUUGUAAUGCUAAGGGAAAAGUUGCCUCUGUUAUUCCACAGAAACUACAAUCGGCCCACAGUUUAGUUACCCUGUGGCCUGAAAUGAGUCCUUUGGGCUGCAAUCAUAAACACACUUAACGGGGAGGAAGCCUUACUGAGCACAGUAAAGCAGGGCUGGCCCAAUACUUUUUGCUGCCUGAAGCAGAGAAGCAAAUGGCACUUUCCCAUCCCUAGUCAAGAUGUAUCAUGGCCAAGACCAGCCAAAUUAUUUUUGUCACUUGAGGUGGAAAACCCCACAAGCACCUCUUGCCCUUCCAUGACGGUAAAAAGAUAAAUUCAGUAAGUAAUAGUUAGCUGCCAAAAUAAUAAUAAUUAGCCCUUAGUUUUGUCUUAAUGGUGGGACUGGCCUUAAUGGUGGGAUUGUUUAUCACCUUAGGCCUCACUUCAUUCAUUGUCUCAGGUGAAGUUUGCUUGCUAAUGUAACAGAUGUUGUGAGCUUGAAUAAUACAAGUUAUUUUAUAAUUACUUGGGAAUUAGUUACAAAGUGUGAGUGCAUGAUGACAAUUUUUAAAAAUUUGGUUUAUUUUAAAUUUCUGUAGGGAAAGAGGCAUGAGCACCUUCCUGUUUCGGCCUCAUUGUGGAGAAGCUGGAUCGAUCACUCACCUGGUGUCAGCAUUUCUUACUGCAGACAACAUUUCCCAUGGAUUACUGCUGAAGAAGGUACAGCCCUUUGCAAUUCAUCUAGUAUAAAAUAUAACCAUAUAGGGUUAGAACGUUAGAAUGUCAGCAAAUAUGAAAGAUGUCAUCUAUAAAUUUUUAAAACAAUUGUCCACUGGGUGGCAGACUUGAGACAAUACAAUUCUAAUAUCCACAGUUUAGAAACCUUCAUCAGAGCUUUCCAAACUGUGACAUAGUAGUGUGUGCGUGAACACUCCCUGCACUCCUCCAGGCACUGGAAAGGGGUUAAUUUAACCUCAUUUUUCUAGAAAAACUGAAUUACUGUGUCGCGAAAUGACGCAUGUCUAAAAAGUGUGUCACCAACAUGAAAAGUUUGGAAACCUCUGCCUUAGAUGUUGUUAGAAAAACAAAACUGUGUGCCCUUCUGUGAGAGCAGUUAAGUAUGCCAUUGUUGUUCUAUUGCUGGGGGAUAUCUAGAUGCCUUUUCCCAAAGGAGGAGCUGCUGUGAUGUUAUCCCCAGCAUUCAUGCAGCAGUUCUGUUUCUCAUUCUCCAUUUUUGGUCCUCUUUCUGAAUCCACCUAUGCUUUAUUAUUCCUGUUCUCACUGCCUUCAUGGAGCUCAGGUCAUUUCUCAAAAUACAGACUCUGUAACAAGGAAAAUGUAGUUUUGGUUACAUAUACGAAAUCACACUUUGGUCACUGAACGUGGGGCUGUCAUUUGGUCAAAGAUUUGAGGUUUUGCAUUGCAGAAUCCUGGCUUUUAAGGGGCUGGGUUGUUCUAAAUUCACAGUUCAUUUGUUACAAACAGAAUGCAUUUAUAUUUAACACUUCAGUUCAUGGUAAAUCAUUGGUUUAAUAUCCCAUGUAUUUAUUUAUUUUUUAAAUUGCUAAUAAACUUUAUUUAAACAGAUAAUUGUAAAGUACACAAAAUAAUAGUACAAAAGCAGCCGUCACAAUACUAGGAAGAAAAGGAAGGGUUAAAAUGUUCCCAAGUUUAAUGAUUGAAGUCAAGCGUUUUCCAUUUCCUCUGACUGAAUAUCUCCUUUCCUGUUAUCUUUCUGUACCAAUGAAUAAUGGCUCUCUCUGUUAUUUUUGUCCAGAGUCCAGUUCUCCAGUAUCUUUUUUAUCUUGCACAAAUCCCCAUUGCCAUGUCGCCUCUUAGCAACAACAGCCUAUUCCUGGAGUAUUCAAAAAACCCACUCCGAGAAUUUCUACACAAGGGACUUCAUGUUUCUCUGUCUACAGAUGACCCAAUGCAGUUCCACUAUACAAAAGUAAGUAAUUUUGGAAGUUCACUGCAUUUCAAAAUGAAUUAAUAUAAAUCCCCCCCAUCAACCCAAGAAGUAGCCCAGUCAAAUGUAUGUUUAGGUGGAAGAAAGUCCUUCUGCAUUCCAUGAGCAUAGGGUUACAGCCAUGAUAUAAUAUUCAACUCCUACUCAGGGUAGAAUCAUGACCAUUAAUGAACCUAAGCUAGUCAUGUUUACUAACUUCAGUGGGUCUACUCUUGAGUUGGACUGGCAUUUAAUAUCAUUCAUAGUCCAACAGUCGGUUCCAGAACAAUCCUAUGUUAGCUGUGUGUGUGUGAGAGAGAAAUACUAUCAUUUGCUGAAGCCAGGAGGACAGUUUUUCUUACUUUCCCCUCCUCUCAGUAGGAGGGAAUUAACUAUGUCAGUCCCAGGACUUUGCAUAGUUGAGGGUUCUUUUUGAUGGGAUGCCAAGGGAACAAGGGAGCUUAGAAUCCUGCAGGUCCUCAACCACGCAUUUCUAAUGACUCCUCACCUGGCUCUUGGCUGGCUUUCUGUUUGCUUCCUUACUUUGUGCUUAAAUCCUAAAUCUUGAAUACAUAAACAUAUAUAUUGUCUGUCUCCAGGCAUACCUUCCUAAGAACUACAACUCAGUUGGCAAUGAUGUCUGCAGUUCUCAGCAAUUAGCUCACCACUUGAGAUGGUCCAAUAACCAUUAGACAGUUGUCUUAACUGAAUUUAUUUACAAGUAUAUGAGUGUGUUUACAUAGCUAGUAAAUAAUUAUGUUUUAUGUUUGAAGGAAGCACUGAUGGAGGAAUAUGCCAUAGCAGCUCAAGUGUGGAAACUGAGCACUUGUGACUUGUGUGAAUUAGCAAGGAACAGUGUACUACAAAGUGGUUUGUCGCAUAAGGUAAACUCCGUGCGCUGCAGGAAGUUCUGUUUUGUAUGUGCUGCUGUUUGUGUUACACGUCAAGCUAGAAUCUGAGUGCAGCUGGAAGCCUGAUCAGAAUGGGGACUGCAGUCACGUUGUAUUAAACAUAUGGAUGCAUAUUUAUCAUCUGAUAGGAUAGUCUGAAAGCUGAAAGGGAAGCCAGUGGCUGAAUAUCCUGACUGGGUUUUUUGACAGAGGGGAAAAUUGCGUGAUUGACUGCCCAGAGUUAGAGAGUGAAUGGAGGCCAAGUUAUAUAACAAAAUGGUUACUACAUGGUGGCUUUAUGAAAUGGCUCCCAUGGAAUUGUCUUAAAUCCAUUUUGUGUAGGAACGCAUUACAAGGACCAGAGAAAUUAUUCUCUUACGUCCGUGAGUGAUAUGGAAUCAUCCCAGAUCCAUGUGUUUAGGCACUAUGCAACAUGUACAAGGAAGCUGCUACUGGAAGCUAUUCAAAGCAGCCUCCAGAUGUCAGCCAUUUUGAGUCAACAAUCCCUCAGAUUAUGGCAUUACAACUGAAGUCUGUAUUACUGCCAUCUACCUUCUCAUCGCCCUCAGCUGCUGUUUCUUUUUUGGCAGUUUUUUCCUCUGCCAGAAUAAAUGCUGCUGCUGAGAUGACUCCCUCCAUGGUGUGGGUGGUUAACAUGUUGCCCUCCAGAUGUUGCUGGACUUAAACUUCAUCAGGUCAGCCAGCAUGGCCAACACUUAGGUGUGAUUAGAGUUGUAAUCUAACAUCAUCUAGGAGCAACCACUGGUCUCUGGUCUCUUUCUUGCUUUUGCUGGGUAGGAGAGACAUCUAUUGUCCCAUCCAAGCCCUAAUGGGUUUUUUUAAAAGAAAAAAAGCAUUUCCUUUAAAAUUCAAAGCAACUUUAAGUUGAUUAUCAUCUUUAAACGUUGUUUCAUCCUUAGGAAAAACAGAAGUGCAUAGGGACAAACUAUUCCAGUGAAGGGCCUGAAGGAAAUGACAUUCGAAAGACUAAUGUUGCACAGAUUCGGAUGGCUUACAGAUAUGAGAACCUAUGCAACGAGCUGAGUUUCCUAGCUGAUGCAAUGAAGACAGAAGAGAUUACUGCACUGUCAAAAUAGCCACGGUAUCGUGCAAAGGACAGAAGCCUAUGAACAUAAGAGGACAUGAGCAACUGCAGGGGGGAGAGCUGCCUGGUGAUCAGGAGUCUUACGUUGCGUCAGACUUGGCUGCCAAGUCCAGUUUCUGUAAGCAUAGUUAGGGCUGCUGUACAUAUUCAGAUGCAGGGUCUGAAUCUUCUUUAUGCUGCAAUUAACGUUUAAAAGUGCACUCCAAAUCUAGGCAUAAUAUUUAUAGUGUUUGCAUCUGGGAUACGUGUCUGCUUUGAAACAAGCAACAUGCUGCAGCUUCUGGUAGCACACAUGCACCUCUUUUGCCAUGCUUAGCUAGCAGUAGGCAAGGAUCUAUGGCACUUUAAUCUCUAGUUUGUGUACACUCUUUGAUCUGUAUUGCAAUGAAUGUAGGGAAGAAAAAGAAUAUGACCAAAGAGCUGCAUGUUUUUCCUGGUUGCACAUGAUAGGAAAACCUAUUCACCACUUUUACUUUUGUCUACAUUUUGUCUGUCUAUACCCCACAAAAAAACCACAAUAAAUCGUAGGUGUGGCCAUUGCUCUUGUAGUUUCAUUAAAUCUUUUAAAUUGUCCUUUGGUGACUAGCAACAUCAGUCAUAAAUGUUUAUGCUGAUUUACCAUUAUGUUUUCUUAUGGUGUACUGGCAUAGGGUCUGAAACUUAUAGAGCAGUCCUAUGUAUGUCUACUCAGAAGUCUUCUCUCCCUUGGCUGUCCAGCAUUGUUCAAAUCUGUCAGUCCCUAGAACGUAACCCCCACGUAAAUUGCGGGCUUACUGUAUUAAGAAAUUAAGAGUAUGUGCAGAAAAGUCUGCAUUUAAAACUUCCCUUACGGCUGCUAUACACAUGGUCACAUGGUGUGUACCAGCUGUGCUAACUAGGAAAUUAUAUAAGAUUUCUUAGUUUUGAUUAAAGGUUUAUGGUUGUUUUACAUUCUAGUGAAACAGAAUGGCUGCUAUGGUACUAAAACAGUGUCACAGCACCUUGUUGCACUGGGGAAGCUAUUUACAUACCCCUGUCAUAAGGCUUGGGUGGAAAUGUAUGUGAUUACUUUAAACAAAGUUUCGUUCUCCAACGUAAAACACUAUCUUGAGCAUCUUCUCACAAAUCCAUGGAGUAGGUUAAGUAUAGGGAGAGCUUGUUCCCCCUCCCUCACCUGUUGUCUUUAGACUGACAUGCCUACUCUGUGCACUAGGUAACUUAAGCAGAAAUCCUAAACAUGAGUCCUACUGAGUUUAAGCAUUUAUUCUUGAGUAAGCGGGCCUAAGAAUUUGUGGAAAGUUCACACUUUUGAAUUAUUUUUAUGGUUAUGGAAUGUCCUACCCUUGAACAAGCAUUUUGAACAACCAAGGACAAGCAUUUUCUUGAAAGAUCUUCAUUAUAGCUAGUAUACAGUAUUAAGCAGAUGUUUAUGAAUUGUUUCCCAGCUGGAACCUCUGUAUUCUAGAAGGCUAAGAUAAACAGGGUCUCAGAACCCUUCCAUUGCUAGAUUUAAUUUUCCAGAAGAGCCAAAAUGAAGAUUAUAUUUACUUGUAAUCCAUAAAAAUGGUGGUGAAAGAAUGUGACAAAUACUACCCUAAUUUAAUUUUAUCCCUGAGGACCUACAGUAACACUUUGGAACUAAAGGAAGCAAUCUAUCACACCCAUAGCCACUUUUGCUGACUUUUUAUUUACCACAGCACCUAUGUUCCAGUGUAAACCCCCUGCAUUCAGGGACCUGAUGCCUAAGAAGACAACUAAUUUAUUGAAAUAAACACAACAGUUUUCUCUAUAAGAAACGGUUCUCUUCUGAGGUCUGGUGGCAGGAUUUUCAAGUAUUGCACAAAGCUGAAGGAGACUGAAGUGUUUAUUGCACAAUAUUCACAACAAUAUAAUACAUUGGAAAGUUUAAUAGCUAUUAACACUCUUUAUCAAACCCUUAAGAAAUAUUCACAUUAAUGCAAAACAGGGAAGUAAUGCAUUUUUUUCUUGAGCUACACAUAAUUCAACUUUUGCUGAAAAUUCACUGUUUAAAAAAGUCAUAGUUCUAAAACUAUUCAACAUUAUUGAAUUGACAAAGCAAGUUUUCUUCCAAUAUUGAAUUAUAUUACAGUUUUAAACAUAAAUGGUGUUUUUGGUGGUAACACAUACUGGGUGAAAUCCAAUGUACAGCAAGGAUUUCUUGCUUGCAUAAUGGACCAUUUCCCCCUGUGAGUGCCCUAAAUCUGUCUGACUGGUUCUCCCAACUGUGCAGCAGAUUUGAGGGCACAAGGGGCAGUGGGGUCCCACUGCACAAGCAGAAACCCUUGCACUAUUGGGAUUACUGCUCAUCUGUAAGUUCAAGCAGCUUUGUAAUUUUGCCACGUGCAGGGUGUCUGUCAAGAGCACAUGGGAAAGCUGCUCAGUGAUGAACAGCAUCUUUCUCCAUGGGCUUCGGAGUAAACUCUCAUAGCCUUAGAGAGCUGCCAGUCCUUUUAAUACUCAGAGACAGAGACAGGGACAAAACUACAGUGACAUGGAGGCAGAAGAGAGGAACAGUAGUGGCACAGAGGAGUAAAGUGGCCUACAUUUUAACAAGAUACAUUUUACAGUACUUCCACCACUGUGUAUACUUAUUAAUUUAAAAUGCUAUACAUAUCACAAAGUUUACACCUAUUUACAAGCUUCAUUAUUAGUGUUAGAAUCAAAAGUACCCCUGCAUCUUUACAUUAUAGACUACAUACUCAUAGCCUUGUUAGCAUUUCAAAACAAGCCAGUUUGUUUUUGUAAGUUUAAUCAUUAACACACCUCCACUUCUACCAUGCUUUCUCUUCCCACCUUGUUUGAACAAUCCAUUCUAUGGCUUAUGUGGUAGAAAUGUAGAUAGGUUUUGCUACACACACAGCAAGUCACAACAAACCUUAUUUCUGGCUUACUGCUCAUGGGAGGGGGCAGGCAAGUUCACAAUUAAAACGUCAACUUAUUGUGACAUGCAAACCGGGCCAAUUUCAAGCUGCUUGAGUCUGGUAUGCAAGGCUUUAUCUAGGACUCAAUGAACUCUAUUCAAAUUAGUCCUACUUCAAGUACACUCACUGAAUAUAAUGAACCUAAGUUAGCUAUGUCCAUUAACUUCACUGCAUCUACUCUGAGUAGGACUAGCAUUGAAUAUUACUCUAACAUUUAAAAAAAUCAAAGUAUAAAUCAUAUUAACAACAGAUAAGAUAAUCUUCACUAAAGAAGGAAGACUUAAGAGCUUACUAGGUUUAAAACGCUUGCUGUUAAAACAUUAGGCACUUCUGCCAAUUCCUAAUACUUUGGACAAGGGUGGGGAAAAUUAACAUGAUCACUUUUACAAUCAACAAAAAAAUCCUCAAACCCUUCAAUGUUCACUAUGAUUUUAAACCCAUUGAAGUUCAUCAAUUAGCAGUGAGAACCAUUUCCAAGAAAAUUAUAUCAGGAUUACAACCUAACACUGGAGUUCAAAGUCAAAGAUGUCACUGAAUUCAGUAAUCUAAUUUGCUGUCUAAUUUCUGAUUUUGGCAAGUCAUUCUAGAUGGGGGAAACAACUUGAGCCAUAUUGUAAUUGUCUAGAUUGAACUCGAUGGCUUCAAACAAGCCAGAAAUAUCUGUCAUCUUCUGUAAUGCAAAGUUCAGAUAUAUUCUACAAGUCUUUAACCAGUAAUUUAAACCUGCAAGUAACUUGAAGUAUCUGCAAAACUUUAGCAUAAUCUCAAACAGCAGUGUUACAAUUCACACAUUUCCAGCAAUCCCAGAUGUGCAGCAGGUAAGGGUAGAGCUUGGCCAAAAGGGUAUUUGCAGACAUUGCCAAUCAUGCUGCCUGCAAAACCCCUUUCAAAGUGCAGGGCAAGACAGCAUUUGACAGUGGCUUCUGUGAACAUUUUCAGAAGCUCAACUUCAAGUCUUAUCUUGCCCUGUUCUUUGAAGGAGGCUUCUGUAGACCCCUAUGGGCAAAAAUGUCACUAGACAUCGUGACAUUAGACAACUGACAGGUGUGCAUCUCUAGCCACUGGCCACCUGCCAAACUCCUGCACAAGGUGGGGGCAUUAACAACCUGGACCACAAGGCUAGAAAGGUUCCCCAUCCCUCCUCUAAGUUGUCAUUUUCCAUAAUGCCUCCAUACAGAGUUCCUCCAGGAUGCUGUUAGAAAUGUAAAAUGGUUGCUUGCAGCCAUCUGCCACUAACAAAGUAAUCUGAGGGCCCAAAAGAAGAUAAUCUGCUGAGUGCCACCCUUAAACCUGGAUCCAGUCCUGGUACCAAUACUCCUGAGAACAAGUAGUACAGGCUUCAGGGUUACAGAUUCCAUAAGACAUUAAAGCAAAGCAAUUGUGGUCAAAGAACACAUUCCUUCUUGUUACAGUAAAGCAUAUUGCACCUGUAGAAAGGAGUCUAGCACCAUCUAUUUACCUCAGAUCACCAUCUUUUUUCCCCCCGGUUAUAAUGGUGAUUUAACAAUGGAAGUCUAGAAAAGCUUGAAAGCCAGAUGCUACGUUGCGUGAUCAGAAACUUUGGGUCGUCUGUGAUCAGCAAAGGUAUGAACACAUUUAUUCCUGAAUGCAAGCAGCUCUGACUUGGUGAACCUGGGAAGUUUUUUGAAGUUAUUUGAUGUUGACUAGACAACUCAUUCUCCCUGAACAAGAAUGCAAAAGCCAUUUUAUCAAAAUUGUGUGCCAUCAGAAAAUUUUGACUCAAAACAACAUGCUACAAUUAGUGGUGAUUUAAGGAAGCAUUUGUCAAUACUAAGCAAGCCACAAGGGGCCAGUAGAUGUUACUGAAAUGUAAAUGUGGGACAAAUUCCUAUUCAUGUAAGCAGGCAGGCAUGAGCCAUACACACAUACUUGCAUAAGGAAGGAUUGCUUCUGAGUGUUAGAACAACAGGCCCUCAGCAACUUCCCACAUUCUUCUGGACCAUCUAUAUUGAAAUUCAGUUUCAACAAAUGAUCACAGAAGAGCUUAUACUAGAACUCAAAUAUUAGCUAUUCCAGUGUCUCAUAGAAAGUCAGAAAACUCUUAACAUAUCUUUCUGCAGGUGCUACGUGCAGAGAAAUUAUUGAUGAGCAUUUAAAAGUAUAAACGUGUACAACUGGCUCAUAGACAAAUGGUCACUUUUAAAGACCUAUGACUUUUAUAGAAAGCAAUACAAUGAGGAAAUGAAACAAUAAAUGAAAUCUUUUAAGAUUUCAAGGCAAUGGGCUUUGUUCCUGUCAGGGUCUGUGAGGCUGGCCUGCCUCAUCUACCAUGUUGAGUAUGUAGGUAGCAAUAUCUUCUUCUGUAGGUGCAUCUGAUACCACCCAAGAAUCAUUGGCUGCAGUCACCUGCAGACGACAUAUAGGGCAAUUCCUGUGGUGACCACUCCUGUGUAACAAGCCAGAAGAAAAAAGUCAGUAUCACACAGUUUAAGAAGUAUUAAUAAUACCCAUUGCUACCUUUGCUUAUAAGUUAGAAUGGAAUAUUAGAGGCAUGACUAGAGAAGAUUUACUGCAGUAUGUUAGAACUACCAUAGAAGAGAAAUAUCCAAACAAUCCUCAAUACAUGACUAGCAUGCCUUUUCUUGAAAUCCACCAAGGAACAGUACCCCUAUAACUGAUUAUAUUCUGUUGCUUUUAUCAUUGGGAAUUUCCCCAAAUAGGAUCUUCUCCAAUUAUUAAUCCAAAGCCAACCUUUCUGUAAUUUAAAACCAUUACUUCUUCUAUAAUCAGUGCUUAGGGUACACAAAGUCAAUCUAUACACCCUUAACUUCCUUUUUUCCUGUCCCCCCCUCCCUUUUCCUCUUAUGACCUCCCUUUGAAAUCUUUCAAUUCAAAGGGCAGCACUGUGGAUUCUUCCCAGUUUGUGAACAUCCUGAAGCUGUUGUGUCAAAACUGAACAAUGUUCUUGCAGGAGGUAUUUAGCAGUGUCAGGUAGACUGGUAACAUCCCCUUCCAGAGUCAAAUAAAAAAAAUCCCUGGUAAAACAACAGAGUGCUGUGGUAUGAAAGAAUAAUGCUGUUUAAUGUUCAUCUUGGAAAUCACUAAUGCCCAAAUGUUAACAGAGUUCCGUGAAUGUUUUUAUUAAAAUUUUAUUCCAAUGGGGCCCUCUAGAGAUUCCUGAGAUUCCAUUCAGUUUUCAAAUGGAACUGGCAGCCCUGUUUAUCUUCGGAAUCUAGACAGACUAGAACAUGAGACAUUAGUUAUUUUAAAAAGUCACAAGAUUUUAGGUUUUAAAUCCUGAAACCAGAUUACAUAAAGCAUUUCGUCUAGUUGACUAUUUGCUCAAGCCUAGUUUGGAAUAGAGUCAAGCUGCAUCUGCUUUGCACCACAGGUGGCUGCUGCCCUAAGUGCAGAAGCUAUCUUCCCUGCUGCAAUUCUAUUAAAGACAUAUCAUUUCUUGGAUACUUAGAAGCUGUUUCCUACACAAAGCAUCAUUAGUUAAAGGUAUAUAGGUAUAAUGUGCUGUAAUAAUUUCAAAGGGUUGUAUUCAAUCUUAGUCAUACUCAAAAGUAUGAAAGAAAUGGACUUGACUAACUUAAUUUCAAUGGGUCUAUUCUGAGUAGAGUUUAUACAGAUACAAACCACAGUUCAAAAUACCUUCAAGCCUUCAUUUUUAAGGUUCUGAAGUAACUCCAUACUCAAAACAGAGCAAAAGCUCCAGUUUGAAGCAGUUUCUCCAUUAUCUGAACACUGUCAACAUUGGGAGUCAAAACUGUGCAAAAGCACAAACUGACAAUGCACACAUUUCUGCUCUGCCCUUCCCCCGUGCACUGGUCUGAUUGUGGGGGCAGAGCUCCAUCGUGUAAUUAGGACUCACACUGGCUUCAGCUAGUGCAACUGUUUAGUUGAAUUCAGUCCUUUGUUUUAAAUAUAUAUAUGCAGACUGAUGCUGACAUGAACAGCAAUUUGAUUUGACAUUAGCAACUUGCCAGGCAUUUGUCCUGAAGAGUUUAUCUUUUAAGAGAUUAAACAGGGAAUGCCCAACAAAGGAACACAUUUUCUUGCCAAAAUCCACUUCGCUUGUUGCUCCCACAUAACACAUCCCUUACCUCAUGCUAUCUACCAAAAUCAAUGGUUUCUAUUCUUGUUGUUACAAGACAAAGCUAGUGAUGUGUUAGUUCAGUGCCUUUCAGCAAAUUUAUUCUAGGGAAAGUGGUCAAAUUUCACAGGACCGCUUCACAGAAUAAUGCAAUCAGAGCCUGUGUCACAAACUUACCAUUUAUCAAUGCAUUUCUGACAAAAGCUGUGAGCACAUGGCAAGAUCAGAUCAGCUCGUCCGUCCAUGCAGAUGCAACAUUCUUCCUCAUCAGUCAGCUGUUUCACCCUACAAUACAGAUAAAACUAUUAUUCCCAAUCAUAGCAAUUAGAAGUGGGAUAAAUUUAUAUUUUGGCAUUGCUCAGCAUGUUUCUUCUGUAUAAACUUUUAUUUUUGUUGUGCAUGUUUGUAUUUCAUAAUAUGGUGUCCCGCUCAUGGGUGGCUAUGCCACGUAAUAUCUACUGCAUUACAUUUAGGUUUUCUAGCCUAUCUCAACUGGUCUGAUCCAGCAAUCUCCUGUUGCAUACAAAACAGCUGCUCUCUAUAAACAAAUCCAAUAUAAAACCAAUACAUAUAAAGCCACUAGCUUCCGGAGCACAAUUAUAGAGAAGAGAACUUUCUCAAAGGGAGGUAUAUCUCACGCUCCUCUUUAAUGGCCUUCCAUAAACUAUCCAAACCAAUCUUUGUAAACGCAGCUUUUGGCUUCUAGAUAGUUGUUUCACUGAAAUAGUUUUAUGUUUCUGCUUGUUUGGAAUAAUCUUUAUUGCUGGUACAUUGUUAUUGCUUUUCUACAGUUGUUUUUAGUUUUAAUGUUUUUAUAACUGAUGUUAUAUGGUUUUGUUAUAUGGUUUUGUUUUAUGGUUAUAUGGUUUGAUUUUGCAGUUAGUCGCGUUGAGCAAGGUACCAAUGUUUUAAAUAAAUAAUAAAUCAGCAUAAUAUAUGCUGAGUGUUAAAAAUCAGAGCAUAUCGCCCAGAAAGGGUGGAUUCAAUGCUUCUCCACAUUUGUAAGUGGGCACAAUUCAUGUGGGCUAGCCACCUUUGAUCUUUAUGCAUUUCUGCAUAUAUACAUGCAUAGCUAUUGGUUCUACUUCAUCUGAACACAGGAAAAUGUGUUCUGUCUGGUUCCAGCAACUUCCAUGCAGAGCAUUAUCAGGCCUGUCUUUCUGGAUAGGGGACAAAAUGUUUGCAAGAUGCAAGUUGGCCAAAGCACUCCCAUUAAACAGUAUUAGCACUAGUAGUUAUAUGCAUCAUUUAAAUGCAGAGACAGAUAAAAUCGUAAUUCUCCCUACUAAGAAUAAAGAGAAUGUCUAGACAACUGUCAAUACUGGGGUUUGCUUCACUACUGGUAUAGUUUUGUUGCUGCAGCUCUGAACACAAAAUACAGUGGUGCCCCGCAAGACGAAUGCCUCGCAAGACGAAAAACUCGCUAGACGAAAGAGUUUUCCGUUUUUUGAGUCGUUCCACAAGACAAAUUUCCCUAU